CUAAAAUGUCUCACCAAGCCACUGUAAAGAUCCAGAGAAGAGGCUUCAGCAAUGCCUCAGCCGUCAUUCCUAGCUCUUGCCGCACCAGCUUCAGCUCACACACUGUAUCCAGAGGUGGAAGCUGCGGUGUCGGUGGCACUGGUUUUGGUAGGGUUGGUGGUGGUGGCUUUGGCAGCCGAAGCCUCUACAAUCUUGGUGGAUCUAAAAGGAUCUCAGUUGUUGGUGGCGGUUCUGGUGUCUGCUAUGGCGGCAGCGUCGGUGGUGGUUAUGGUGGCGGCCUGGGCAGCAUGGGUGGUGGCUAUGGGCUAGCUGGAGCUGGCUUUGGGAGAGUUGGGCCCGGCUUCCCUGUUUGCCCACCUGGUGGAAUCCAGGAAGUGACCAUCAAUCAGCAUCUGCUGGCGCCUCUCAACUUGGAGAUUGACCCCAACAUACAGAGAGUCCGUAAAGAGGAGGGGGAGCAGAUCAAGACGCUCAACAACAAAUUUGCUUCUUUCAUUGAUAAGGUGCGUUUCCUUGAACAACAGAAUAAGGUGCUGGAAACUAAAUGGACAUUGCUUCAGGAACAGGGCCAGAAAACUAUUAGAAACAACAUCGAACCCUUUUUUGAAGCUUACAUCAAUAAUCUGAGGAAGCAGCUGAAUUGCCUGGAGAACGACAGAGGAAGACUGGCUGGAGAACUGAAUAGCAUGCAAAACCUAGUUGAGGACUUCAAGAACAAAUAUGAAGAUGAGAUCAACAAGCGUACAAAUGCAGAGAAUGAGUUUGUAACCCUCAAAAAGGAUGUCGAUACCGCAUACAUGAACAAAGUGGAACUACAAGCCAAGGCAGAUUCCUUGAAUGAUGAGAUCAACUUCAUUAGAGCCCUAUAUGAAAUGGAACUGGCACAAAUGCAGACACAAAUCUCCGACACUUCCGUAGUUCUCUCUAUGGACAACAACCGCAACCUGGAUCUUGACAGCAUCAUUGCUGAAGUCAAAGCUCAAUAUGAAGAGAUUGCAAACAGAAGCAGAACUGAAGCUGAAACCUGGUAUCAAAGCAAGUAUGAAGAACUGGAGGCUACUGCUGGAAGACACGGCGACGACCUUCGCAACACCAAGCAUGAGAUUUCAGAAAUUAACCGACAGAUCCAGAGGCUGCGUUCUGAAAUUGACAAUGUGAAAAAACAGUGUGCCAAUCUUCAGGCAGCCAUUGCUGAAGCAGAAGAGCGGGGCGAGCUGGCUCUCAAGGAUGCAAGGCAAAAACUGGCUGAGCUUGAGGAUGCUCUUCAGAGAGCCAAGCAAGACAUGGCCCGGCAGCUGAAGGAAUACCAGGAACUGAUGAACGUCAAGCUUGCCCUAGACAUUGAGAUCGCCACCUACAGGAAGCUCCUGGAAGGAGAAGAAUGCCGGCUGGCUAGCGAUGGAGCGGGUACAGUUAACAUCUCCGUCAUCUCUUCAACCGUCGGACGUAGUGCUGCAGCUGGGGGCAGCGGCCUUGGCUUUGGAGGUGGAUGCGGCCUUGGCUAUGGCAGUGGAAGCAGCCUCAGCCUGGGAGGAGGUAGCAGUUUUGGUGUAGGAGGAUGUGUUGGCCUUGGGGGUGGACUUGGUGUUGGAGGAAGCAGCAUCAGCUCUGGAAGCGGAAGAUGUAUCGGAGGAGGAAUGAGCCUUGGAGGUGGCAGCAGCUCUAGCGUAAAAUUUGUUUCCACUAAGAAAAGCUACAGAAGCUAAAGCUUCCCUUAGUCUGCCUUGUAGUCUUUUUAAAAUGAAAAUGUAACUGGUGAACCAUGUCUCAACUGGGCCUGCCUCUGCAGAGUACCCACAAAUCUCUCUUACUACGUGAACAGCUGGUUAAAGACAUUCUGUGUCUGCUCAUACUUGGGAAAUAUACUACCCUCUGCUUUUCAAUGUAUUGGGCUCUACCUUCAACAUAUUUUGCACCAAUUUGUAAUCUUGGCCCUCACCCCACCCCACCUUUUUUUGCUGUCAAGUCAGAAUUCUGAAUUUUCAACUUUUGUACAAACCAGAUCACCAUUUGUUUGUUCUUGCUUUAGUUCUUUGAAACCUGACUUUCCUUUUGGGGUGUUAUUGUGUUCAAUAAAAUGCAUAUUGUAAUUUAUAAAUUUGCC